GCACAAACCCAUAGCAAGAUGGCGGCGCUGAUGAGGUACCAGACGGAGCUGGAGAGGACCAAGGAUUCAUAUUUCUUGAGAUAUCGUAUUGCAGAAGUAAAUAGAGAAAGAGAACAUGGUGCUGCUGUGACAAUCCAGAGCUGGUUCAGAGGGUGCAAGAUCCGGGCACACAUCAGAUUUCUCCAUAAAACGGCAGUCGUCAUUCAGAAGCAUUGGCGAGGAUAUCUUGGCAGAAAUUGCUUCAGAAACACAGUGAAGAGAGCAUAUUUUAUUAUGAAGAUGAAUUUCUACAGUGAAAUGGCUGUCAGGAUCCAGAAAAGAUGGCAUGGAUAUUACAGUAGAAAGUACAUCCAUGAUUACUGUGCAAUGAAAAAGUAUUUCAGAGGACUUUGCAUGAAAAAUCAGAUUAUAAGAAAAGAACUAGAAGAGUAUGCAGAGACAAAGGAGAGGGAACGAAAGAAAAAAGCCCAAGAAAAGGAAGAGAGAAGAAAGCAUUAUGAAGCCCAAAAGAUGCAUUACCUCCUCAGUACUGAUCAGAUUCCAGGUAUCUACAACUCUCCAUAUAGAGCAGUGCCUGAUAAAAUGGAGGCGAGGUUACGACAGGUUAAACCAUUGAAUGAGAUGAAAUACCUGAUAAAGGACACCCCUGAGGGCCUUGUGGACAAAUCAGCACUGUGUGCUCCGUUCACUUUUCAUUCAAUACAGCCACUGCCACCCAUAGGCAAAGGGAAACCACAGGGUCCUUUCCGUGAUGUUGUUGAAGUAUUGCAACAGCGCUACAAGCCUUUGGAUCCAACCUUGCGGUCGGCAACAUCAAUCAUAUCAGAGGCGGAGUGCAGAGAAGAAUUGAAGAAAGAAGAAUGGAGAAAUCGUGUGAAUGACAAUAUAUUCCUCCCAUUCAACAAUACAUCUGGUUUCAACAAGUAUACACCACUCCUUCAUACGACCACCAAGUACGGACCUAUCCCUUAUGGAACUCAGCAUUUUAGAGAAAUUGAAAACACAGGAAAUCUCUGCAAAAAGAAACCAUUCAAAACUUUUUUCUCAUCCAUUAAACUUUUUGAUCGGUUUCAAAAGACGUAUUCAAAAACUGGAGAAGCGAUUUAAAGAGGACAUGAAUCCUGAUUCAUUCUCUGUGUGGAUGCAAUGAAAAAACGAGCUGGGAUUUUCCACCGUUCUUUGAGAUUUUAUUGUGCUAAAUUAAUAAUUUUAGAUGAAUAAACAAUUG